CAGCACUGACUCGAGGUCAAACACACACACAUAUACACACACACAUACAAACACGGAGAGUGAAGUUUUUGCUCUUCCACUGAGCCGUUCCGUGACUCCUGCUUCGCUUUGCAGGCACAUCAGGAGCCGCUUGCCUGCGGUCAAACCGGCGAGUUUGCGCCUUCUAGAAAACUCUUUAUUAUUUUUUAUUUUUAUUAUUAUUGUAUUUUUUUUUCUGUAAAGUGUGACCCCGGGCAGUGUGAGCAAGCUGGAUUCCCGGAGCCCUUCACCAUGUCAGGCGGGUUUUAGGUACUCCAUGGAGCAAGCAAACCUGUACGAGGCAGCCCCUCGGCCCCUGGUGACAAACCUCGCACCGAGCGCGCAGAACGCCUACGGCUACAAGGACGACCUGAGCGCGAUCUGCGAGAACGAGAGCUCCAUCGAUAUCAGCGCGUACAUCGACCCGGGCGCGUUUAACGACGAAUUCCUGGCCGACCUGUUCCACAGCAGUGGCGCGCGUCACGAGAAGCUCAAGCUGGCGAACGGCGGCGACUACGAGUACAGCCACGGCCUGGGACUCGGCGCACCCGGGCCGCAGCACUCAUACGGCUGUGCAGUGGCGAGCUACGGCGACUCGUCCAAGCUCGAGCCCGUGUACGAGACUCACGAGACGCGCAUGAGAGCCUUGGCGAUCAAGCAAGAGCCGCGCGAGGACGGAGAGCUCGGGCACGCGCCACAAUCCGGUGCCUACCACCCGCACCACCACCCGCAACACCACCCACACCUGUCGCACCUGCAGUACCAGAUCGCGCACUGCGCGCAAACCGCCGUGCACCUGCAGCCGGGUCACCCGACGCCUCCGCCCACCCCGGUGCCCAGCCCGCAUCACCAGCACCAACACCAACACCAGCACCAUCACCAACAGCAGGGCGGCCUCGCCGUCAAAAUGAUGGCCAACGGUACAGGCGACAGGCCCAAAUCCAAGAAGCAGGUCGACAAGAACAGCGCCGAGUACCGGCUGCGGCGCGAGCGCAACAACGUGGCCGUGCGCAAGAGCCGCGAUAAGGCCAAGAUGCGCAACGCCGAGACGCAACAGAAAGUCAUCGAGCUGUCAGCGGACAACGACAGACUGCGCAAACGCGUCGAGCACCUCACGCGCGAGCUCGAGACUUUGCGGGGGAUCUUCCGGCAGCUCCCCGACGGCUCGUACGUCAAAGCCAUGGGCGGCUGCGCCUAAAAGGACAGACUUUUCUUGGUGUUUUUUUUUUCCCUUAUCUUUUUUCCCUUCUUUUAUUUUUUGAAGUCGUGCUAUUCCUAUAGCGUCCGCUGGAUAUGUACUAUAGAUGUCACAGAUCAUAAUUAACUGAAACUGUUUCUAUCCAGAAGCCAGGCAGCUGCCGUCUACACGUGCCUUUUUUUAUUUCUAUCACACACACACACACACACACACACACACACACACACACACACACACACACACACAAAGAACUCAAUAAGCUCCUCUUUGGACUUCGUCCUCUGUAUAAAAAAUGUACUACAGUAAAGGUAUAAACGCAGCUCCUGUAGGGCAUGACAUGACUUCACAUCAGCAGAAGCAGAAGUUCUAGGCUAUUAAAUAUGUGUGUGUGUGUGUGUGUGUGUGUGUGUGUGUGUGUGUGUGUGU